CAGUAGCCACAGGGGCUACUCUGAAAUCGUAACAAAUACAACGACGUCGGUUUGAAGGAAUUGGAUCUUCCGUUUGAACAUUCUCGAAAUCGGAAAAAAUGGAGAGGAACACGCCGGUGAGAAAACCUCACACUUCAACGGCAGAUCUGUUGACCUGGUCGGAAAAUCCUCCGGCCGAUUCACCGGUGACCGGCUCUGCUGCUCGAUCCUCCGCCCGUUCGCACCAGCCGUCGGAUGGGAUCAGUAAGGUAGUGUUUGGAGGUCAGGUUACUGAUGAAGAAGUUGAGAGCUUGAACAAAAGGAAACCUGUUUCGGGGUAUAAGUUAAAGGAGAUCACUGGAAGUGGUAUAUUUGCAGCAGGUGGAGAGAAUGGCUUAGAAGAGACUGAUGCUGCAUCUCGCACCCUAUCUAAUCCAACUGGAAUACGGAUGUACCAGCAAGCAGUUGCUGGGAUUAGUCACAUUUCGUUUGGAGAAGAAGAAACAGUGUCUCCUAAGAAGUCGAUUUCUGAAGCUAAGCAGAGGGAGCUAAGUGGUACAUUGGAUAGUGAGUCGGAAGCAAGAUUGAAGAAGCAAAUUUCCGAUGCAAAGAACAAGGAACUGAGCGGUCAUAAUAUAUUUGCACCUCCACCUGAAAUAAAACCCCGGCCAGUUGCUGCUCGUGCUUUGGCUCUCAGAGAAAGCAUAAGCAUCGGUGAAACAUCUCCUAAUAAUAACAAGCCUGAAGAUUCUGUGAUGAAGACGGCGAAGAAGAUUCCGAACCAGAAACUGACAGAACUUUCCGGAAACAACAUAUUCAAAGGAGAUGAGGCUGCAGCAUCUGUAGAGAAGCCGCUUAGUUCAGCAAAGCUUCGGGAAAUGAGUGGGAGCAAUAUCUUUGCUGACGGAAAAGCCGAGUCGAGAGACUACUUAGGCGGUGUUCGCAAACCCCCUGGCGGUGAGAGCAGCAUCGCGCUGGUGUAACGUAACGUUAACAUAACAUAAGGCUGGGGUGUUAGAAAUAUCAUAAAAUUGAGUUUGAACAUUACUAUUUUAGUUAAUUGUCAUGAAUCACAGCACAGGGUGUUGGGACUUUGGGGUGAUGGUUGGUUGGUUUGUCCAUAUAAUUAUUAUUAAUUGCUUUGAAUUUGACUUUCU